GCCCAAGAGGCAUGGCAACUGUUCCUGCCUGAGAGGCGUGAGGGGUGCGAGUUGCUAUGUCCCUCUUUAGUUGUGGCAGCGGGGGCAGCAGUCAAAGCUCAUGUACCUGGUCUCCAAGACGCACUUCCCCUUGAAGCAGACGUUGGAGACGGACGGAGAGACCAAUCCAACAGAGAUAAGAGGGCCACCAAGAAAAGACGCCUGGCAUCCGACUUGGAAGAGCUCAGAACCGAUCGGCAAAAUGGAGGCAAAGGUCAACAAGGAAGCUCUGGAGGCAAAGAUGCUGGAGGCAAAGGAAAGGGGAAAACUAAGGAUCAGUUGGGGCCACCUAUCUGUUCCAGCUGGGCGUCAUCUUUUGGACCCUGUGGCGAGUUGGCUCCAGGCGCAGAAUGCGUUAGUGCCAUCAAGAGGGGAGUAGCAGUUGAAGGGGCGAGUGGCCAUGCUGACCUGUUGGAGCGCGAGGCAAAUAAGUUCGAGCAGGGCAUCAUGCGACCGGGUCGUUUGAAGAACACGAGCCAAACCUUUAAAGAUGAGGCGACAAAGAAUUGGUUGGAGACGGUGAUGCUCAGUCUUGACUCAAAGAAGGAUCCGACGUUGGACCUGUCGAGUCACGAAAGCUUCACCACAAUGAAGGCCAGAAAGGUGCCGCCAUUCAGCACCAUGGAGAACCCGCCGGGCAACGAGGAGAAGGUGAGAUUCCUGAAGCGAGGGAUCUGGGCUGGCCGCAUGAUCCGCAUGCAGGGCAUCGAGAAGAUUCAAAAAGUGUGCUUGUGCCCGGCUUGGGUUAAGCACACACCCUUGGUGGGCAAGGAGGCGUCCCAGGCGGCGGAGCGGUGGAGGUACCAGGUUGAGACAAAGUCCCACCAGGUGAACGAGCUGCAGAAAGCUUGGCUGGAGAACAAAGAAAAGAAGUCGGGCAAAGGGCAAACCUCUCAAGCAAUUCAAGGAAGAGCACAGCCAGCUGUGCGUGGGGGGCAUGAGGAACCCUGCAAGAACUGUGAGGAGGUUGAUGGGAAGAAGAUUGCAGGCUUGUGGGACGAGUUCGUGGAAAGCCGCCCGGACGCGAACAAGGCGGCGCAGAACUAUGGGAAGCCGGGCAAUGACUUUGAUGCGGACCUCCUGCAGCUGUGGAAGCAAGCUCUGAAGGACAACUUAGCGAAGGUCGAGGACAGCGUGGUGCGCUUUACUCCCAAUGCUGCCUGGUCCAUCUUUGAUUUGCGUAUCAGCAGCGUCACGGUCUUGGCAAAGAAGUUGAGCGCUGCGUCGGACGCUCUGAGGAUAUCCCGUCCUCCUACUGCAUCAGCUUCGACUCCGCCAGGAUAUGUCCGGCAUCAGGCCCUUGUCACGAAAGCUUAUCUCACAGCUUUGCAUAAUCUCUAUGACCUCUUCCGCUUUGACUCCUUGGAAGCCAACGUGGACUUAGAGAACAUUUUGGCUCUCAGGCUGUCCCUGGCCUUCUCUACCCACUCCGGGGACUGUGAGCCGAAUUUGUUGCCAUACCUCCCAUCACGUCUAGCACCCUUCUUCCCUAACCAGCCUUUGCGAGGAGAUGUCCGGGCACUCUGCCAGAAGGAGCGGGGCAAUGUGGUAUAUGCUCGGAAGGGAGCACCCAUGCACGAAAUUGGCACCUUGGAAAGAUGGAAACCAUCAGCUGUUUUCCGCUACAUUGAAGAGGCUCUACAGGACAUUCCGCUGAAUGCUAAUGCGUUUGGAUCCAAUCAGGUGAUUCCCAGAACACGAGGACAAAUUGAGUUCAACCCAGGAGCGCCGGGUUUGGCAGCCAUGCAGGACAUGGGACAAUCAAUAGUGGAGGCAAAGACCCACGACGUGCAGGUCAGCAAGCAAAAGAAACAGCCAGCAUUACCUGAUCAGUGCUGGGCUGUGUCGUCAGGAAGAAAUGGAAAGGUCUCACAUAGAGCGAGGAAAGCUUCAUGGAAUCUCAGUUUGGGCAACUGGGGCACGUGGUGCGGGUGCCACUUCGCUGAGAAGAACAUAAAGAUGAUGCUGACCCCAAAGUUCCACAUGGGCACCAGCAAAUGCAAGAAGUGCGAAUCUGCGCACCAGUCACGUGACAGAGUCAAAGGAGGUGUGAGUUCGGCGCAACUGGUGAGCCUUGAUGACACAGAUCAAAAG